UUUGUGUGUGAACACAUGGGCCGCCCACAUAUCCAAACACGCGAGUACACACAUGGGCCAUCCGCUUCUAUAGUUUCACGUAAAAGCAAAUACACACACAUACAUAGAUGUUCUCAUACACGCACAAUAUGUACGUCCAUUGUUAUACAUACGCACACGCGCACAUACAUACAUAGAAAUUUUCAUACACAGACCCACAUACAUUGUGAUACUCACACACACUCGUAUAUACAAACAUAAGUGUAUCGUGAUGCACACAUAGAACAUAUAUAUAUAUAAACAUACACAUAUACGGAUACAAGUAUAUCUACAAUAUUUACACAGGUUAAACUGUAAAUCAAACUUUCUACUUUUUUCUUUCUCUCUAUAUCUCUCACACAAAAACAAAUUUAACACACACGCACACACACAUAGUUAUAUACAAACACAGACAUUUCUAGCCGCAGAGGCACUUAUAUACACAAACAUAUUAAGAUACAUACAUAUAAAGAAAGAUAUAAACAUAUACACACUAUGAAAAGCUACUCCACAGAAUAGCUUACCGGUAUAAAACGAAAUCACACACAGCUAUUAAACGGAUUCAUGAAGACACGCAAACAUAGAAAGGAAAACGGAUAUUUCAUGCGCAAACUAUCAUACAGUCACACAGCCACACACACGCACAUAGACACAAACAGACUGACACACAAACAGACACAUAGACAAUCAGACAUACACAAACACAUACACACACACACACACGGUCGCCCGCGCGCGCACUGGCGGACACGCGCACGCAUGCACACAGUGACAUAUGUAUACAAUUACACUGAAAGCCGCCUUUAUGCUUCCAUCAGUAGUAACACACCCACUAACGCACACACGCACUGAGGAGUGCGCGCACACACACAUAAGCAGACUUUACGCAUACGUAGAUAAUCCAUCGUUGUACAGACUCACAAAACCGCACUACUAAAUUCAAUUAUAUACACACACACUGACACACGUACACCCAUAUAUAUAUAUAUAUAUAUAUAUAUAUAUACACACACACAUACAUAGAGAGGAAAACCAGUCGCUGAGAUUGCAAGACUCGGCUUGCCUUGCUCGUAAAGAGCAGAAGUACAAAUUUAUAUCGGAAGACUGUGAGAAACAUCCCAUCCAUAUAUAUACAUAAAUAUAAAAAGGAAGGGAAUUUACUGCCCUUUCCUAUGGAUUGUCUUUGGAUGUCUUACCCUGAUUAUUGUCCCUUACUUCUAUGAUAUGCAACUGAAGUCAAUGAUGUGGUCAGCCGAUUCCAGUGAAAAAAUGCUAAAAUGCUGAGGUUAUCUUUACGGAAAUGUGUCACCGGCGGCAUAUUGAUAUGCUUCCUGGCCGGCAUACUUUUGGGGUUCCGUUUCAUCACCCGGAACCCCGAGGAGGCAUACAGACUGGCCGCUGGUAUUGGUGACAAAAGCAACAAGAGAGGUGAAAAUCUCGACUGGAAGUUUCAGGAUGAGAACUCUUUUGGCAACCAUUCUGCGAGUCAGUCGAAAAAUCUCAUGCUGAAGAAGAUGCUUGACUUCCGAGCCAAAAUGCAACAAGAGAGGGUUCUGAAAGCAAAGAUGCGGGCCAAUCUAACGGCACAUAAUCACAUCACGCCGGUGCCAUUCGAUGAAGACGGUAUGAACUACAAUGUCCACGUUUUCUACUACGUGUGGUAUGGAAACCCUAGCUAUGAUGGCAAGUACUUUCACUGGAACCACCGUUUACUGCAGAACUGGAGAGAAAAGAUCAGACGUAAGACCACAAGGCGCCACUUCCCGCCUUUAGAUAUUGCCUCUAAUUAUUACCCCGAGUUGGGACCUUACAGCUCUUCAAACUCUGAGGUAUUGUCCAUUCACAUGCAGCAAAUAAAAGACGCUAAAGUAGGCUGUAUUGCAGUUUCAUGGUACCCUCCAGGACUUGCUGAUGACGAAGGCCAACCACCCGACAGACUGAUGCCCAAACUAUUUCAUUCUGCUUCGAAAUUUAAUCUGAAAGUGAUACUACACAUGGAGCCAUAUUUUGGCCGGAAUCAUACCACUUUCCGAAGAGAUAUUAUCUAUGUCAUGAAUGAAUAUGGUGACCAUCCGGCUUUGUAUAAGAAAUAUCAUCGAGGAAAAUGGCUUCCAAUGUUUUACAUCUAUGAUUCUUAUCGCAUCUCUCCGAAACACUGGAGUGAAAUCUUCCAUAGCAACAAGCGAUAUACUCUUCGGGAUUCUAAGUAUGAUGCUAUCUACAUUGGCCUUGCUCUUGAAGAAAGCCACUUGCUUAGCCUGAAGAAUGCUGGGUUUGAUGGCUACUACACAUAUUUUGCCACUGACGGCUUCACUCAUGCUUCUUCAUGGAACUUUUGGCCAGAAUAUGCCCAGUUUGCCAAGAAGCACAACAUGUUUUUCAUUCCUAGUGUGGCCCCAGGAUAUAUUGAUCUCCAGGUUCGACCCUGGAAUGGUGAAAACAAACGAGACCGUGAAAAUGGAAAAUACUACGAAAACAGUUUCAAAGCUGCUUUCAACGAGCUUACUGAAUUUCUUACUAUCACCUCAUUCAAUGAAUGGCACGAAGGCACCCAAAUCGAAUCAGCUAUCCCUAAGACAUUUGAUACUUACCAUUAUUUAGAUUACGAAGAAAACGGCAAAGAUUUCUACUUGAAAUUAACCUUGCAGUAUGUUAAAAAAUAUCGCCGUUUACUCCAUGAAGCGAAGAUUAGUGCCCAACUUGCUAAAGAAAGGAAAAAUGUUGUGAAGAACAAUUUGAAUAAAACAUAUCAGUCCGUUAUGACGCCAGUCAAAACUCUGCCGAAACGACUUCAUAAGGAACCGUGAUGAUUUUUUCCAAAAUUUUUAUAUACUUGUAUACAAAGUAAUCACGCACAGUUACUCUUUUCCUAAUCAUACAUAGGGAUGCUUGGCCUUCAGUCAACCACAUCUCUGCCACCUACAAAACAGCUAAUAGUGUGUGUGUGUGUGUGUAUGUGUGUGUGCGCACGUGGUGUUUAAUGUUUUUGAAAUAUCUUUUUUUUUUGUGUGUGUGUGUGUGUGUGUGUGUGUUAUACAAUAUGUUCUGUUCCAAAUCAAGCCUUUUCAAAUUGAUUUUCUUAAUGUUUCCCCCACCAUUUUCUUUUUUUCUUUUUUUCUUUUUUUUUUUUUUGUCUUUAGUUAUAUUUUGUGUAAAUCUGUGCAGAAAGUGACUUAUUUGCAUGCUUGCAUAUAUGCAGAUGUUGCUGCUUGCACACAUGCAUACAUAUACUCACACAUGUGUGUGCGUGUGUGAGUAUAUAAUUUAUGAACAAACUGUCCAGUUUUGUGUGUGUGAGUGUGUGUGUGUGUAUAUACAUGUGUGUGUGUAUAUAUAUAUAUAUGUAUAUAUAUAUGUGUGUGUGUGUAUAUAUAUGUGUAUAUAUAUAUAUAUAUAUAUAUAUAUAUACGUAUAUGUGUGUGUG